AUGAUUAUACUUGAGCAAGCUACUAUAUACCAGGAACAGCUUACUAAAUGGGUCAUAAAAUCAGAGAAAAUUGCUGUUAAUAUUGCUAUUAAUAAUGUGAUUUCAUUCUUAACUGGAGGCCACAACAAAGUUAUAAAAGUAAGACCAGAUGAGUUAUUUAACGAUGAUUUAUUCGAAUGUGGAAAUGUAGUUUU